GUUACCUAGUGUCACACUUUAACACCAUCGGCACCGUUUAUCGCUGAGCACAUUCAUUGAUCAGUGUAAGAGAAGAGGAAGGAGGGUGUUGCAAGGCAAAAGCAGCACUACCAAAUUAGGAUGUGCCUUAUGUUCUGAUUCGUUCUUUGUUCAUGGCUCGUGUGUUUUUCUGUGCGGUCUGAUUUCUGCUGGAUGGCGGAUGGAUUGCAGAUUCGCUAGUUUAUCGAAUGAAGAUAAGAUCUCCCGGUAAUAAAUGGAAAAUCGAAAGUACUUCAAUCAGGAAGGCAAGGAGGCGAAAAAUUUCUACCACCUGUCGGAUGAUGGUGGCGAAACGCAUCGAAGUCCUCCAAAGAGACCACCGAUAAGACCCCGGUCGAUACAAUCGCAUGCAGCACAGCAGCAUAAAUCGGCAAACAAAUCGGGACCUCGUGUGCGAAGUGCCUCGACUGGCCGAGACAAAAAGUCUGAACUACAAGCGCGUUACUGGGCUCUUCUGUUUGGUAACUUGCAGCGUUCGGUAAAUGAAAUCUACCAGACCGUAGAGUGCUAUGAGAAUCUUUCGUCCUGCAAGGAGGCUAUACUGGUUCUGGAAAACUAUAUUCGAGAUUUCAAAGCCCUGGCAGAGUGGUUCAAAGUUUCCUGGGAUUAUGAAGCUACUCCUCAACCGCAAAGGCCACAUUCGCUGGCCUGGGAAGUGCGAAAAAGCAACCCGGCACCACGGGUCCGGAAACAAAUAUCCAGCCCAGGAAUGUCUGGUAAAUCUAGUCCAAACUUUUCCGGCAAAAAUAGCCCAUGUCCAGUGGCGGAAGAACAGCCUAGAACCUGUUCGCCAAAGAAAGCACAUUCCUCAACCGAGAGCCUUUCUAAAAAGGGUCAUGUGAAAACGGCUCAAACGGAUGUGAAAGAAUCUGGACCUACUUCCGAGACGGUUUCGGUUGCGUACGAUUGUCUGGCGGUGGAAACGUACGUUCUCAAACUCGAUCAGUACACCCAAACCAAUUUGGACGAUGAAAAUUUAACAUUGGCAGAGUACUUGGAAAAAUACUCAACACAGAGCGGCGGUGGAAAUCGUACAGAAGAGCAAGCUGGAGAGGAGGAGGUCAAAAAAGAUGUUGCAAAAAUAGAAGUGACGGUUGCUGGUGGUGCAGAGAAAGUGGAGGAAAAGAAAUCAUCCAUCGUCAGCAGCGAGUCGAAGGGAGAGCUGCCCGGACGUCGAUGCGCCAUAAAGAAUGCCACUGGAAUAAAUUUGGCCAAAGCACCAGCUCCCGGUAAAGGAACCGUUCAACCGAAGGUAACUGUUCCACCAAAAGUCGUCGGAGUGCGAGGAUCUGGUGCUCGUCCGGCAUCCCAACCGGGGAUGGUGCGGAAGUCUGCAACAGCGUCGAGCGUUUCACACUCGAAUAUAAAACCAAUGGUAAACCUUCCGACCAAAAGUGCGACAGUAUGCAGCCUAGCAUCGUCGACUUUCCAUAUGUCUAGAACGCGCAAUGGCCUCAAACAACCGCAUGCUUUAAAGUCCGCUGUUUCUAGUGGCCCAGCGGUUGCCAGCUGUGUAGCGACCACAAGGUUAGCCGUACGAUCGAAAACCAUGAUCGAAGUGACCUCAGUAGGUCGAAUGAAGAAUCUCACCGGUGAUGAUUCACGUCGCCGCUCGACGGCCAAACUUUCGAUGGGAGGAAAUGUUUCCAAGGAAGAUGUGUACAGUUCCAGCUCCACACUAAAAGCCUCGACAGAUCGGUUAGGAUCACGUAAUUCCAGCAGCAGCACAACGCGAGCGACUGGAACUGUAAAGCAUCCACAAAUUUCAUCGCAAGCGAAGGCCGCAGCGGUUGGGCGACGGUCGGAGCCAAAAUCUAUGCCAUCAUCGGAUGCGAAUGACGGCUGGUACACGGUGAAAACCAAGCGUCGAUCGAGCUUGCUUUGGGCUACCCGCUUUAAUCAACCGUCCGGUUAUGCAAGCUUACCAACGCUGGCACUGCUGGAUGAAAACACCAACAAUACGCCGGUUGCUGCAGGAGGGGAUGGCGAUGAACUGCCGCCAAAAAAAGAAACCUCCAAAAUGGUUGAUUCGGAGAGCGAAAGCAAUCAUCCGCAACGGACGCAGCCUCGUGCUGUGGAUAAACCAGUGAAAUCAACGUCGCAAACAAAGACAACUCUAUCGAAAGCGAAUGGUACGUCAACCGUGCCGUCCAAAAUUGCUCCACCUGUUAAGUCACUUCGCGGGCCGGUGGAGACUGGUCCAAAAAAUCGACAGUCGACCGUGCCGGUGAAUCGCAUGCCGGAGUCAAGACAGAAGUCAGACCUAACGGGUUUGAAGUUGAAAACACUCCACAAGGAGUUUUUGCGAAGUGAAAAACUUAAGUCUAAGACGCAAACCGAACAGCAGCCGGUAAUCUCCAACGGUGGCUCCGUCAACGGGCAAUUGGAGCACUCUGAAGCAUUGACCGCAACGAAGGAAGGUGUACAGGAUGAAGAUCAUUUUACCCAUUUGAAUAUGGUGGACAUGAAUAUUCAGACUAAUUUGGGAACGACAGCGAUCGAUAAUCUAUAUGCAACGUGUCUGCAGGAAACGGUUGGCGAAGGUAUGAAGGAAUCGGUAAGAGGGAGCGUUGAUUUCCCAAGCCAUUGUACCAGCGACGAUCAGGAAGAGCAGGAACGUGACGACAUAGAGUCGGAUGAAGAUCAACGAAAGCUCCUGGAGGAACAAGAAUCGUUAGAAGCACAGAUCCGGGAAUUGGAGAAUACUGAAAUCGAUAUCGACACUGAAACCGACGAAACGGAUUGUGAGGCCAUCAUAGACUUCGAAGACACUGACGGCACGGUCGAGAGUGGGACGGAGCGGCAGUGCGAUAACAUCGGUGAUUCCGUUGGCGACGAGGAAGAUAUUACCCUAGAGAUGCGGUACGAGGCCGUGCUAGCAGAGAUGAAUUGGGUAGAACGUGCGCGAACGCUCGACACUUUAAAGGCACUCGUCGCGCGUCAUCCAGGGCGGGCGCAGCAGCUUCACGCAAAACUAUCCAGCCCUUCGCGGCGCCGUUCGUUGCACGAAACGCUAAAGAAGUAUCAAGCUAAACAGGCACGUGCUCUAGAAAAACGGCAAGCGUUGCAAAAGGAAAAAUCGCUAAAGAUACAGCAACUACUGGCACGCGUGGAAGAUGUCAAAGCGGCCAAGCAGUGUUUGAUAGAGAAGAAACGGCUGCGGAUGGAGGAGCGUUUGCAGAGGGCGGCCGAAAAUCGUACUCAGUAUUUGAAGGAUAAAAUAAAAAAAGCGCACGACGAAGAAGAAAAACUGAAAGAGAUCGCUUUCAUCAAGAACCUGGAAGCGCAAAAUAAACGGUUGGAUUUCAUGGAAUCCUGGAAGGAGCAGGAGGUACGCCUACAGGAUCUCGAAACAGAACGCCAGAAAAAGGCUGAAGAGAAGGCAGCCAAAGAGGCCGCUGUUGAGCGACGCCGACAAGAGAUCGAACAGGAGCGACAGAAGAAACUGCAACAGAUGAGUGAAAAUCGGCGUGAACGUGAAAAGCGAGUAGGAAAAAUGCAGGAGCAAAAGGAACGCCAGCGGCAGGCGUUGGCACGCGAAAAGGCACGCGAUCGCGAGGAAAGGCUGCUUGCCUUGCAGGCACAGAAACAAGCAACCACGGAGGAGCUGCAAAGAAAAAUUAUCCAGAAGCAACAAGAGUCCGCUCGAAGGCACGAGGAAAACAUCGAACAGAUCCGACAGCGGGCUGUAGAGCUGGCUACCAUUCCGAGUCGUAGUGUUGACGAGCUGCGGAACGAGGAACAGGACGAGGAAAAUUCCAGCAUUAGUGAGCGCGAUAGUCUCAGUGGCGGAGGUCUUGUCGGCGGUGGUAGUGGGGAUCCAAUGCCAAAAAUCAACAAGAAAAAGGUGAAGAAACUUCGCCAGAAGCUGGCUACUGCGGCUGAGGAGUAUCUGGUCGAGCUGAGUCCUUUGGCGCCGGCGAUACGCAAGCAGAGCCAAGUUCCACGAUUGCUAAAUACCGUUUCCAAAGGUGGCUCCGGGACGCUAGGAGUCGAACGACCAAUCGGUCAGCUCUUGCGCUUGAUUGCAAAGGCAGAAGUGGCCGAUUUUCAGUCCCUGUGGCUACUUGAUGGCUUGAGUACGAUCGCGUCGGUUAUUGAAGCUGGCCUUAGACCCGGGACAGAUGUAUCAAAAAAGGCUGUUGUUCUUUCUGUGCAACUGUAUAGAAAUGCUUGUACUUUAUGUCCACAAAUUGCACGACAUGCAGUAUUAGGAAAUUCAAUUUUGGUGCUACUGAAUGCAUUACAUCUCACACUGCAGUCACCAGAGGAAAAGAAUCAUCUGUUCCCGGUGGAACUGUCGACGGAGCUAAUACUGGCGUGCACAGUUGCUCUAUUGCCGACAAGCCCAUCGCUGAAACAGCCGACGCACCCCAAGGUUGCAGAACGUCUGCCAGAUCUCUUGAGCUAUAUCAUCAGCAUCGGACUGGUGGACACGCUAGUGAGGAGGAUUACCAGUGUGCAUGAAGCGAUUGAAAACCAAACCAGUCUCGUGCUUUCACUGUUGGCAUCCUUGGGGCUUCUGACGAAACUGGUUGAAAUAUGCCCCAAAGGUCCUGAUGUUACCAAACUGCUGCAGACGGCACAAGCCACCGAGCUCUUCGGAACGGUUUCGCUCCUCUACGCGGCCAUUGUUCCUGUUGGUGAAAGCAUUCCUCCCAGAACGACUUCCUUGGCGGCGGCCACUUUUAAUCUUCUGGUGACCUUUGCCAACCUGGACAUUGAGGCGUUUCAGGCAGUAUUAACAGAGCGAAAUCUGUCACUAAGGUUCCUCGACGUCAUCAGUAUACUAUUGCAGUACUGUGUCCCGAAGGCGGACAUUAAAAGCGAAACACAGACUGUGAUAAUCGACUUAAUAGCAACAUUAGGAUUCUUUUGUGCCAAUAACAAGUCCAACCAGGAUCUGCUGACAUCGGACCAGUACACGUACGUGAUCAAGAGUUUCACCAAACUUCCCAAGCAGUUCGACGUGAUUACUUAUCCGACACUCGUCACGAUAAUACAUGAGAACCCAAGUGCCAGAAGCGUGGUGGCGAGAGACUUUAGCGUUGAGCUGCUGGAUGAGUUCAAGAGCUCCGAUAUGGCGAAGAAGAAUCGAAUAGUAUCCCUGCUUGUAUAGUGUGCGUUUAAAGAACUGUGAAAUGCGACGAAUUCGCGCGUCUGUAGAGUUCGAGAACUGGGCAGCAAAAAAAAAAAAGAAUGGACACAAAAAAAGCUCGAACACAUCAUUCAGUUUCGCGUUAGCGGCAGAAGAUCUUCUGGCGACAUUAAAUCGUAACGUGCGGAUCACUCGUUUAGCUGGCCGCGCCAAAGACAACGCCGCCUCACGUACGGUCACAGACGGUGCUAUAAAAUCGGACUAUAAGCGAUCACCAAGAGUGUUAAAAAAACCCGCAUCCCGUACACCCGAAUAAAUUCCCCUAAGGACCUGUGACCGAGCUGCCUUUUUACUGGUAUGUGUCUUUGCGCAUCGUUAAACGGUGAGCCUUUAUCAGCAUCAGCAAUCAGUAUCGUAGUUUUGGGCAGCUCGGGUUUACGAUUCCGACCGGACCGUUUCGAGCUGGAGGCGAAAUGACCGAAACCAAAUCCAACCUUUACUACCCUCCAACGCAAUAAGAGCUGUCUUUUGGUGGUCACAACCAACGCACGCCUAGUGACAGCAGAAAACAAAUCUCGCAUGUUGCGUCCCCGGGCAAAGGGAUUCUUGUCACGAUUGGAUUGUCUGCACGGGCACGACAUUUCGCACAACGUUAUAUCUACUACUGUACUACUAACGCAACUUUAUUACCACCCAGCACCCGGUUUGGAACGUCAAACUAACUUUUCUCGUCGAAUUGCGAUCAGGACAAUUCGGAAACUUUACUACACUGUGAUUAAUUUUUAGGUUGUAGUCAAACUCAGACAAAACAGAUCAAUGGAAAACCUAUUCUCUACCAACACGAAACGAUUAGGGUAGUUUUUGAAGUAGGAGCUAACAGAGACCCCAGGCGAUAAAACGAACUCUUCAUUUUUUCGGGUCAAUCUGCAGCCUAAUAUAGAACUAGUAUUGCUUAUUUCAUAUGAGCCUGUGCUACACGGCCAUGCAUUGUUAUUUCACGCCUGGAGUAUCCAUACUUUCGUUGUAUUUUAUUUUACAUUCUUUCGAUCGGAGGAUCAGGGAAGCAAGAGGACAUGAACAAUAAAUUAACCGUGUGCAAAUACUGCUUUUUUGUACUUAACAAA